ACGAGUGAAGGAAGUUGCAGCCCAUGUUAGGAAAUGUUCUCCCUGGGGGCUGCUGCAGUCAGCUGGACAGAUCAGAGCGUCGGUCGCACGUCGGAUUUUACUCUCCGGGACGGAUCCUAAUAAUCAGCGCUGAUCAUCAUGGCUCAGGCGAAAAUACAGGCGAAGAUGAACGAAGCUGCCUGCAGCAAGUUCAGCAGGACUCUGUCUAUGGCGGAUCGCUCGGGACAGCUGCUGGAAAGUUUGGAUCAGCUGGAAAUGAGGGUGGAGGCUUUACGCGAAGCUGCAUCGGCCAUGGAGCAGGAAAGGGAGUGCAUCCUGGAAAUGAUUCAGUCCUUACAGAACAGUCAAGAAAUGCGUAACAUCUGUGCUGGGGAGAGAGAAGAGUUGAAUUUAACUGCAAACCGUCUGAUGGGCCGGACGCUGUCUGUGGAGAUCUCCGUUGGCACAAUCAGAAACUCCCAGCAGGAGGACGCGCUGCACAAGGCCACGUCUAUUAUAGAUGAAAUAGUGAAGAAGUUACUGGACGACAUGGACGGUGGUCGGCAGCGGCUAAUGGCCCUGCACGCCGCCUGUGUGUCUGAGGCACCGGCUGUUCCCAUCGACCAGAAGUUUCAGGCCAUCGUGAUCAGCUGCGCUCUAGAGGACCAGAAGAAGAUAAAGCGGAGGCUGGAGACUUUGUUGAGGAACGUUGAGAAUGCUGAAAAGAACAUCAAGAUUAUGGAUCAUCAAAAACUUGAGCACACACAAGCCAACGGUGGUCAAUAAGACUCGUCACCAAAAAAUAAAAUGUGUCUUGAAUACCACUAACCUCACUGAAAACUGUUGUAAUCCUGUACUAACUUUCAGAAGGACUCCACUAUAGUAGCAGCAAGAAAUGCCCCUUUGGGAAAAGCACAGUGAUGCUGAACCUUAAAGCAAAAAAUACCAAGUUUUACCUUAAAAUCAUUGUCUUUUCCAUCAACCUUAAUAGUGAUUUCUUUAUGUAUGUACACAGUACACAGUGCGUAUUUCAAUACACUUAGAAAAAGACACAUUGAGUCAUUAGAGGUUUGCUCACAGUUUUUCAGAAAAUCCAGUGCUGGCAAUCAACUUCUAAUUAAGCGCCUAUAAAUGUGUCAGUAGAUCGUCUGCCAAGUUUUAGGUGAUACAACAGUGUGAAAAACAGCCUAUCGACAUUUCAUUGCCAGGUGAAAGUGAUUUAUUUGACAUCUGAAAUAAGCAUCCAGACACUACUAAAAGAAUAUGUCUGCUCUAUCACCUGAUUGCCCAGGCUGGUUUAUCCGAUUUGACAAACAACAAAUCCAAUGAUGGAGUGUGUUUUUGUGUUUCAUUGUCUCACCUUUUUAAAUUAAGCACUUGGUAAGGAUUUUGGGUGUGCAGUCACUACCUCUUUGUGUGAAGACAACACAAGUCAUGUCAAGCUGUGGAUUCAUAUUUUCACAAAAUUUUGUUGUAUUUUUUGGAUAAAACUGAAUAAAGCACACAUUCUUUAAAA